AUGAAAAUAUUCUCGUGUUGCGCUAAACAACGGGCAAGCCGGAGUGUCGUUGUAAAGUUUUUUGGAAAGUUGCUUUUGGUAUUGAUUUUGAUGUUGCAACAUGAGGACAUACAUUUUUAUCUGGAUAUUUGUAUAACAAGGUAAGUAGGGAAGGUGUAAACCUGGAGUAUCGUUGAAUUUUCAGCAGUGCUGUUUGCUUCCCAGCAAUCGUCCUCUACAUCCUCUACAAAAAAAUGAACUCUGCAUUUUUGCGUAAAAUCCGCUGCCUCUUCCGAAUCCAGAUUCCAGUUCAAAAAAUCAAAAUUUCACCGCCAAUUUCAAUCAACUAA